AUGGCUCGAUUUCCAAACGUUGUAAAAUUCUUUAAUAUUGCAUCUUAUCUUUUAUUUGCAACUCUUGUUUCUGAACCGGAAUUUAGAUUUGAAUAUCAUAAUUCUUACAUACAUCCGAACGUUUUCGUUUUCUAUUUCUGGAAUUUGAUCCAUUGGAUACUUGGAUUCUUUCCGGUUGUGCCUGAUAAAGGUUUGGAUUCUCAAUCUUCACCAGGAGUUGUUAUCCAAAUCUGUUCAGUUAUAGCUUUGGCGUUUUUGGAUUUGGUGGCAAUGGGGUACAUUUAUAAAUGCAAAGGCGAUUUGGUGGGUGCAGGUGUUAUUGUAAUAACCUUAUUAGGAAUUGCUUUGCAGCAGGAUGAUAUAAUUGUACGUUGGGCGGCAUUGGGUCUUGGAAUUAAGACUGCUAUACUAAUGGCUAAUGAUUAUAUUGGUAAAUAUUGUAGAAGUGAGGAACAAACUCCAUUACUAGUAUAA